AUGGUCCAGCUGCAGGUGCCAUCAAGAGCAGGUUCAGCACCAGGAUGGUGGCACAGGAGCCUCAGAGCUGCCCUGGCCACCAGUGUGGGGUUGCAGGGGGUUACUGACCUGGCCCUUAUCUUCCCUGUUUCUCUUCUUAGCUCCCGCACCUCUGCAGCCGAGAAGGAGAUGGGAGGAGCAGAACAAAAGGAGAAGCAAUACCAAGCCCAUCAGGGAUUUGGGGAUCAUCAUGGUGGGGUCACUGGUGCCCACACCUAUUUCUACACAGAUGAGGCCAAGUGUGACCAGCAUAUGGAGACUUUCCUCCGCUGCAUCGAUGCCUCAAGUGGCAGCUCAGAGGACGGUUUCUCUGCCAUCAAGCUGACAGCACUGGCCAGACCUCAGUUCCUGGUGCGGUUCUCGGAGGUGCUGGUGAAGUGGCGGAGGUUCUUUCUCCAAAUGGCUGCAGAGCAGGGCCAGGCUGGGUGGGCAAUGCUGGAGAUGAAACUGGAGGUGGAGAAGCUGCAGGAGACACUGGCCAACCUCGGCAUUGUGACCAAGGCAGAGAGCCAGGAGUGGUUCAUGGGCGAGAGCCUGGGCACAAGCAGCACUGUGGACCUACUUGACUGGAACAGCCUGUUGGACAGCCGCACCAAGAUCUCCAAGCCUCUGCUCAUCCCCAACAGGCAGACUGGGCAGCUUGAACCGCUGCUCUCACGCUUCAGUGAGGAGGAGGAUCUGCAGAUGAAGCGGGUGCUGCAGCGCAUGGAUGUCCUUGCCAAGAGAGCCAUGGAGAAGGGUGUGAGGCUGAUGGUGGACGCAGAGCAGAGCUACUUCCAGCCAGCCAUCAGCCGCCUCACUGUGGAGACACAGCGCCGCUUCAACAGGAACCAGGCCAUAAUCUUCAACACCUAUCAGUGCUACCUGAGGGAGGCUUACGACAAUGUGACAGGGGACGUGGAGCUGUCACGCCGGGAGGGCUGGCACUUCGGCACCAAGCUGGUCCGUGGCGCGUAUAUGGAGCAGGAGCGGGAAAGGGCGGCUCAGUUGGGCUACGAGGAUCCCAUCAACCCAACCUAUGAGAAGACCAAUGAGAUGUACCACAGGUGCCUGGACUAUGUCCUGGAGGAGAUCAAGCACAGACGGAAAGCCAGUGUGAUGGUGGCAUCUCACAAUGAGGACACAGUGAAGUUCACCCUGCACAGAAUGAGGGAGCUUGGGAUCCAUCCCUCAGAGAAGAAGGUGUGCUUUGGGCAGCUGCUGGGCAUGUGUGACCAGAUCACCUUCCCCCUGGGCCAGGCUGGCUUCCCCGUGUACAAGUACGUGCCCUACGGCCCAGUGAACGAGGUGCUGCCCUACCUGUCCCGCAGGGCCCAGGAGAACAGGGGCUUCCUGCAGCGGGCAAACCGGGAGCGGGACCUGCUCUGGAAAGAGGUCAAGAGGCGCCUUCUCGCAGGAAACCUCUUCAACCACUGACCCCAACCCCGGGGCUCCUGUGCCUUCAGCCGGAACCACUGUCACCAUUCCCCAUCCCAAUUCUGCUGCAGCUCCCCCGAGCACCCUUUGCCCUUUGAGAGAAGUGUCCUUGUUGCUGCUGAACCACACACACCUUCCGGCAGUCGCUGCUGCAGGGUUGCCCCAUCCGGCACUGCCCCAGGGAUGUCCCUCUGCCAUCCCACAGCCUCUUCAGCUGUCCCAGGGGGCAAUGCUGGGGCUCUCCUGCCAGCCCUGCCCCAUGCCUUGGUGAACACUGUCCCGGAGUUUUCCCCUGGCGGGAUUGCGCAGAGAGAUUUAUCUGUCUGCUUCAUGCCAUGGGCUCAAGUACAGGUGGGCUGGGUGACCUGGGCACAAGCUGGAGACAAGCCAGAAGCUCCUCCAGCCUCUGCUGGGGCUGGGGCUUUGUCCCUUCCACACUUGUGUAAGGGCUGGAUCGGUCCCUGCUGCCUGUCCCAGGACAGCCACUCCUUGCCUGCUCAGCAGCUUUGCACUGAUCAGAGCUGGGCAGGUCCAGGCUCUCCCCCAUCCCCCAGGAUAAGCUGAGCCAAAGCCUCCUGGGGUUAUCCAUCCUCAGGCAAACGUCCAGUGGAGCAGGAGGGGCCAGGGGAGCGGGCUGGCCCCAUCCCUCUGCCGUUCCUGCCCUGCCCACAGUCCCUGGCUUCAGUGAUGGACCAGGGACAGUGGGAGCACCCAGAGCUGGACCACAGCCUAGCUCUGCUGUACACUGGAUUUGCAGAGAAUGGAGAUGAUUAAAUCACAACUGUUCCUGC